AUGGCGUUCAACGCGGGUGCGUCGGGCAUGCCGCCCACGCCACCCAGCGAUGAGCAGCUGGAGGCCAAGGCGCGCAAGUGGCGUCAGCUGCAGUCCAAGCGUUACUCGGAGAAGCGCAAAUUUGGCUUUGUCGACACCCAGAAGCAAGAGUACCCACCCUCGGUCAUCCGCACCAUUAUUCGAGACCAUGGUGACAUGUCCAGCCGCAAGUUUCGCCAUGACAAGCGCGUGUACCUGGGCUCACUCAAAUACAUGCCCCACGCUGUGCUCAAGCUUCUUGAGAACAUGCCCAUGCCCUGGGAACAGAUCCGUGAGGUGCCCAUCCUGUAUCACGUGACUGGCGCCAUUACGUUUGUGAACGAGGUGCCUUUUGUGAUUGAGCCCGUGUAUAUCGCGCAGUGGGGUACCAUGUGGAUCAUGAUGCGUCGCGAGAAGCGCGAUCGCCGUCACUUUAAGCGCAUGCGCUUCCCGCCCUUUGAUGACGAAGAACCCCCACUGGAUUAUGGUGACAACGUCCAGGACGUGCCACCCCUCGACGCCAUUCAGAUGGAGCUGGAUGAGGAGGAGGAUGCCCCCGUGUACGAGUGGUUCUACGACCACAAGCCCCUGCUGGACACGGGCCUCGUCAACGGUGAGACCUACCGGAAGUGGACCUUGCCUUUGCCCAUCAUGUCCAACCUGCAACGCCUCGCCGGGCAACUGCUAUCCGACUUGACGGACAACAACUACUUUUAUCUCUUUGACCUCAAGUCCUUUUUCACGGCCAAGGCCCUCAACUUUGCCAUUCCCGGUGGUCCCAAGUUUGAGCCCCGCUUCCGUGACGAUGGCAUCACCGACGACGACUGGAACGAGUUUAAUGACAUUAACAAAAUCAUCAUCCGUCACCACAUUCGUUCCGAGUACCGCAUUGCCUUUCCAUACCUGUACAACAACAUGCCACGUGAGGUGCAUCUGGCCAAGUACCACUCCCCCACUGUCGUCUUUAUCAAGUCGGACGAUCCGGAUCAGCCCGCCUUUUAUUAUGAUCCAAUCAUCAACCCCAUUGCCAACCGCCAGGCCAACAAUCUGGAUGAGAUUGAGCCCGAAGACGAGGAGUUUAUCCUGCCCGACGAGGUCGAGCCCUUUUUGGCCGAGACCCCGCUCUACACGGAGAACACGGCCAACGGCAUCACCCUGCUCUGGGCCCCACGCCCCUUCAACUUGCGCUCGGGCUUUACUCGCCGUGCACAAGACGUGCCCCUCGUUAAUACCUGGUACCAGGAGCACUGCCCCACUGGCCAGCCCGUCAAGGUUCGCGUGUCCUACCAGAAGAUGCUGAAGAUUUUCGUUCUCAACUCGCUCAAGGCCCGCCCUCCCAAACCUUGCAAGAAGCGUUCGCUCUUCCGCUCCUUCAAGCAGACCAAGUUCUUCCAGAUGACGCGCCUUGAUUGGGUGGAAGCUGGUCUCCAGGUCUGCCGCCAGGGCCACAACAUGCUCAAUCUGCUCAUUCAUCGCAAGCAACUCAACUACCUCCAUCUUGAUUUCAACUUCAACCUGAAGCCUGUCAAGACACUGACCACCAAGGAGCGCAAAAAAUCGCGCUUCGGUAACGCCUUCCACUUGAUGCGUGAAAUCUUGCGCCUGACCAAGCUUGUGGUCGACUCGCACGUCCAGUACCGCCUGGGCAACGUUGACGCCUUUCAGUUGGCGGAUGGUCUCCAGUACACCUUUGCCCACGUUGGUCAACUCACCGGCAUGUACCGUUACAAGUACAAGCUCAUGCGCCAGAUUCGUAUGACCAAGGAUUUGAAGCACAUCAUUUACUAUCGCUUCAAUACCGGACCCGUCGGCAAGGGCCCCGGCGUGGGUUUCUGGGCGCCUGGCUGGCGCGUAUGGCUCUUUUUCCUGCGUGGCAUUGUGCCCCUUCUUGAGCGAUGGUUGGGUAAUCUGUUGGCCCGUCAGUUCGAAGGUCGCGUGUCCAAGGCCGUUGCCAAGACAGUGACCAAGCAGCGCGUCGAAUCUCAUUUCGAUCUCGAGCUGCGCGCCUCUGUCAUGCACGACAUUCUUGAUAUGAUGCCCGAGGGCAUGAAGGCCAACAAGGCCCGCGUCAUCAUGCAGCACCUUUCAGAGGCUUGGCGUUGCUUCAAGGCUAACAUUCCCUGGAAAGUCCCGGGCCUGCCCACGCCCAUUGAGAACAUGAUCUUGCGUUACGUCAAGAGCAAGGCCGACUGGUGGACCAACACGGCCCACUACAACCGCGAGCGUAUCCGUCGUGGUGCCACUGUCGACAAGACCGUCUGCAAGAAGAACCUGGGUCGCCUUACUCGUCUCCACCUCAAGGCUGAGCAGGAGCGCCAGCACAACUACCUCAAGGAUGGCCCCUACGUCUCAGCCGAGGAGGCCGUUGCUAUUUACACCACCACUGUCCACUGGCUCGAGUCGCGCCGCUUCAAGCACAUCCCUUUCCCGCCGCUUACCUACAAGCACGACACCAAGCUGCUGAUUCUUGCCCUCGAACGCCUCCGCGAGGCGUACAGCGUCAAGAACCGCCUCAACGCCUCGCAGCGCGAGGAGCUUGGCCUGAUUGAGGCCGCUUACGACAAUCCCCACGAGGCCCUCAUGCGCAUUAAGCGCCAUCUCCUGACCCAGCGUGCCUUUAAGGAGGUGGGCAUUGAGUUUAUGGACAUGUACUCGCACCUCGUGCCCGUGUACGACGUCGAACCUCUGGAGAAGAUUACCGAUGCCUACCUGGAUCAAUAUCUCUGGUACGAGGCUGAUAAGCGCAAGCUCUUCCCCUCAUGGGUCAAGCCCUCCGACACGGAGCCCCCGCCGCUGCUCGUGUACAAGUGGUGCCAGGGCGUGAACAACCUGCAGGAUGUCUGGGAGACGGCCGAGGGCGAAUGCAACGUUAUGAUGGAGACAUCGCUGGAGCGCAUCUACGAAAAGAUGGAUCUCACCCUUCUCAACCGUCUGCUUCGCCUCGUCGUCGACCAAAACGUGGCCGACUACAUGACGGCCAAGAACAACAUUGUCAUCAACUUCAAGGACAUGAACCACACCAACUCCUAUGGCCUCAUUCGCGGCCUGCAGUUUGCCUCCUUCAUUGUGCAGUACUACGGUCUCGUCAUUGAUCUCCUGGUCCUCGGCCUGAACCGUGCCUCGGAGAUGGCUGGUCCACCCCACCUGCCCAACGACUUUUUGACCUUUCAAGACGUUGCCACCGAGACCUCGCACCCGAUUCGCCUGUACUCACGCUACAUUGACCGCAUUCACAUGUUCUUCCGCUUCACUGCGGAGGAGGCGCGUGACCUCAUCCAGCGUUAUCUCACCGAGCACCCCGAUCCCAACAACGAGAACAUUGUUGGCUACAACAACAAAAAGUGCUGGCCCCGUGAUGCGCGCAUGCGUCUCAUGAAGCACGACGUCAACCUCGGUCGCGCCGUCUUUUGGGAUAUCAAGAACCGCCUCCCGCGCUCCCUCACCACCAUCGAGUGGGAGAACAGCUUCUGCUCGGUCUACUCCAAGGACAAUCCCAACCUGCUCUUUAACAUGUGUGGCUUCGACGUCCGCAUUCUUCCCAAGCUUCGCGCCCAGGCCCACGACUUUAAGCACCAGGAUGGUGUCUGGAAUCUUCAGCACGAGAUCACGAAGGAGCGCACCGCCCAAGCCUUCCUCCGCGUGGACGAAGACUCGUUGCAAAAGUUCCACAACCGCAUCCGUCAGGUCCUCAUGUCCUCGGGUAGCACGACCUUCACCAAGAUUAUCAACAAGUGGAACACGGCCCUCAUUGGCCUCAUGACCUACUACCGCGAGGCCGUUGUCAACACGCAGGAGCUCCUGGACCUGCUCGUCAAGUGCGAGAACAAGAUUCAAACGCGUGUCAAGAUCGGGCUCAACUCUAAGAUGCCUUCCCGUUUCCCGCCCGUCGUCUUUUACUGCCCCAAGGAGCUCGGCGGCCUGGGCAUGCUUUCCAUGGGCCACGUGCUCAUCCCCCAGUCAGAUCUGCGCUGGAGCAAGCAGACGGACGUGGGCAUUACUCACUUCCGAAGCGGCAUGUCCCACGACGAGGAUCAGCUGAUCCCCAACCUCUACCGCUACUUGCAGCCCUGGGAGUCUGAAUUCAUCGACUCGCAGCGCGUCUGGGCCGAAUUUGCGCUCAAGCGCCAAGAGGCCAACGCGCAAAACCGCCGAUUGACGCUCGAGGAUCUCGAGGACUCGUGGGAUCGUGGUAUUCCUCGCAUCAACACGCUGUUCCAGAAGGACCGCCAUACGCUGGCUUAUGACAAGGGCUGGCGCGUGCGCACUGAGUUCAAGAUGUACCAAGUCUUGCGGAACAACCCCUUUUGGUGGACGCAUCAGCGUCACGACGGCAAGCUGUGGAACCUGAACAACUACCGCACGGACAUGAUCCAGGCCCUGGGUGGUGUCGAGGGCAUUCUUGAGCAUACCCUCUUCAAAGGCACCUAUUUCCCCACCUGGGAGGGUCUCUUCUGGGAGAAGGCCAGCGGUUUCGAGGAGAGCAUGAAGUACAAGAAGCUGACCAACGCGCAGCGUGCUGGUCUCAACCAGAUUCCCAACCGUCGUUUCACUCUGUGGUGGUCCCCCACUAUCAACCGCGCCAACGUUUACGUCGGCUUCCAGGUCCAGCUCGACCUGACGGGCAUCUUCAUGCACGGCAAGAUUCCCACGCUGAAGAUCUCCCUCAUCCAGAUUUUCCGUGCGCAUCUUUGGCAAAAGAUCCACGAGUCCGUGGUCAUGGAUCUCUGCCAGGUCUUUGAUCAGGAGCUGGAUGCUUUGGAGAUUGACACGGUGCAGAAGGAGACCAUUCAUCCUCGUAAGUCGUACAAGAUGAACAGCUCUUGCGCUGAUGUCCUCCUAUUCGCCGCGCAAAAGUGGCCCAUCAGCAAGCCCUCGCUGCUGGCAGACCCCAAGGACCAAAUGGACAUGAUCACUUCGGACCGCUACUGGCUGGAUGUGCAGCUGCGUUGGGGUGACUAUGACUCGCACGACGUGGAGCGUUAUGCCCGUGCCAAGUUUCUCGACUACACCACUGACAACCAGUCCAUCUACCCCUCACCCACGGGCGUUCUCAUCGCCCUUGACCUGGCCUACAACCUGCAUUCGGCCUACGGCAACUGGUUCCCUGGUUGCAAAAUCCUGAUGCAGCAGGCCAUGGCCAAGAUCAUGAAGGCCAACCCGGCCCUGUACGUGUUGCGCGAGCGUGUGCGCAAGGGUCUGCAGCUCUACUCUUCCGAGCCCACCGAGCCCUACCUCUCGUCGCAGAACUACGGCGAGCUCUUCUCCAACCAGAUCAUCUGGUUUGUGGACGACACCAACGUGUACCGCGUCACCAUCCACAAGACGUUUGAAGGUAACUUGACGACCAAGCCCAUCAACGGCGCCAUCUUCAUCUUCAACCCGCGCACGGGGCAGCUCUUCCUCAAGAUUAUCCACACAUCUGUGUGGGCUGGCCAGAAGCGUCUGUCACAGCUGGCCAAGUGGAAGACGGCUGAAGAAGUGGCUGCGCUGAUUCGCUCCCUGCCCGAGGAAGAACAGCCCAAGCAAAUCAUCUGCACGCGCAAGGGUAUGCUUGACCCCCUGGAGGUGCACAUGCUCGAUUUCCCGAACGUUGUGAUCAAGGGCUCGGAGCUGUCUCUGCCCUUCCAGGCGUGCCUCAAGGUGGAAAAGUUUGGCGAUUUGAUUCUCAAGGCCACCGAGCCCCAGAUGGUGCUGUUCAACCUCUACGAUGACUGGCUGCGCAACAUCUCGGCUUACACGGCGUUUUCGCGUCUGAUCUUGAUCCUGCGUGCCUUGCACGUCAACGUGGACAAGGCCAAGAUCAUCCUCAAGCCCGACAAAACCACCGUGACCGAGCCCCACCACAUCUGGCCGACGCUGUCGGAUGAGGAGUGGAUUCGGUGCGAGGUGGCCCUCAAGGACCUGAUUCUGGCCGACUACGGCAAGAAGAACAACGUCAACACGACGUCGCUCACCCAGUCAGAGAUUCGUGACAUUAUCCUGGGUAUGGAAAUCUCGGCGCCCUCGCAACAGCGCCAGGAGAUUGCGGAGAUUGAGAAGCAGACGCGCGAGCAGAGUGCGCUGACUGCCACGACCACCAAGUCUACCAACGUACAUGGUGACGAGAUGAUUGUGACAACCACCAGCAACUACGAGCGCAGCGUCUUUAGCUCCAAGACCGAUUGGCGCGUGCGGGCCAUCAGCGCCACCAACCUGCCUUUGCGUACCAAGCACAUUUAUGUCCCCGACCACGACAUUACCGAAUCAGGCUACACUUACGUGCUGCCCAAGAACAUUUUGACCAAGUUUAUCUCGAUCAGUGACCUGCGUACCCAGAUUGCGGGCUACAUGUUUGGCGUGUCACCCCCGGACAAUCCUCAGGUGAAGGAGAUUCGCUGCAUUGUCAUGGUGCCGCAGACGGGCACGCAUCAAAUGGUUGACUUGCCCAAUCAGUUGCCGGAGCACGAGUACCUGGAGGAGCUGGAGCCUCUGGGCUGGAUCCACACGCAGCCCAACGAGCUGCCCCAGCUGUCGCCCAUUGACAUUACCACGCACGCCAAAAUCAUGGCGGACAAUGAGUCAUGGGAACUGGACAAGACUUGCAUCAUGACGUGCAGCUUCACGCCCGGUUCCGUCUCGUUGUCGGCGUACAAGUUGACGCCCGGAGGCUUUGAAUGGGGACGCAACAACAAGGACACCAAGAGCCCCAACCCACAGGGUUACUCACCUUCGCACUACGACAAGGUGCAGAUGCUUCUGUCAGAUCGUUUCCUUGGCUUUUUCAUGACGCCUGUUGAGUCGUCAUGGAACUUCAACUUUAUUGGCGUGAAGCACAAGGCUUCCAUGCGCUAUACCCUCCAGCUGGCUAACCCGAAGGAGUUUUAUCACGAGGUACAUCGACCCAGCCACUUUUUGCAGUUCAGCAAGAUUGAGGAGGAGGACGGCACUGAUGGUGCUGAUCGCGAGGACAUGUUCAGCUAG